UACACUACACGCAGAGCGAAUUGUGGAAAGACCAAGGCUACGAUUGGUCCCUCCACGAUAAGGUUUUAAUUUUGAAUUUUUCUUUAUAGCGAGGGAGAGGCCACUGCCGGGACUCCAUCAAAUCCCCGGACUCUUAGCCUAAAACCAUGCCCAAGUUCAAGCAACGAAGAAGAAAGCUAAAAGCCAAAGCGAAAAGAUUUUUCAAAAGAAAAGAGGCCUCUCACUUUCAGUCUAAGCUAGUUACACCUCCCCCUCCGCCACCCUCACCAGAAAGAGUGGUUAUUCCUUCAACAGAUACACCCCUUAGCAGAAGCUGGCUAAGACUGUCCUGGAACUUCAAAUUUCCCAAUUUUAAAGAUGCAGUAAAGCUUUGGACAAAUAGAGUAUGGUCUCUAUACAACCGGUUUCAGAACUGCAUGGCCUGGAGUUUGGAAGUAUUGAAAGGCACCAUCUUUCCAUCCCGUUUCUGCCACCAAGAACUUCAUAGUCUAAAACAACGGUUUUGCAUUUUGGAAAGUGAAUUACACAAGCUCCAGGAAGCACUGAAGGCCGUCUCAGAAACUUCGUCCUGUCCAAGCUGUGGUCAGAUGUAUCACAUGCGUGGAAAACUUACAAAUGUGCCUGCGUGUGCUCUAACCACCCCUGGAGACUCCGAGGCUGUACCGCCUGCCUCACUGCCACAGCCAGCCAGUCGUCUUCCUCCGCCCCCGCCCCCGCCUCCGCCCCCUCCGCCCCCUCCGCCCCCUCCGCCUCCACCACUGACAGCACCUUUGCUGCUCAGAAAAUCUGAUCUCACUAAAGCACGUCAGCCUGGACCAUUAAAAAAAAAUGGACCCAUGCAUAUAACAGUUAAAGAUCUACUGACUGUGAAAUUAAAGAAGACACAGAGUUUUGAUGAAAGGAGGAAGCUUGUACCAUCACCAAAGGCACAGAAUCCACUAGUUACUGUCUCUGACCUGCGGUGCGUUUCCCUGAAACCGAAGUCCAAAGUGUUAUCAACUCGAGUUACAAAUGUCUUAAUUACUCCUGGUAAAAGCCAGUUAGAUCUGCGAAAACUACUCAGAAAAGUCGAUGUAGAGAGGAGCCCAGGUGGAACCCCACUUACCAAUAAAGAAAAUAUGGAAACAGGAACUGGGCUGACCCCAGUAAUGACCCGGGCCUUGAAGAGAAAGUUUCAGCUGGCUCACCCUAGAAGCCCAACUCAAACUCUGCCACUUUCUACAAGCAGCUUUGAUGAACAAAAAUGAUGCCACCUCUGCCUGACUCCAUAUGAUGAUCCAUAAAAUAUACAGAUAAUAUUAUCCCAAUCCUUUUUUUAAUGUAGUAUGUAUAAAUAAUUCUAUUAAUAUAUAAUUCAUUUGAAGAAUUAAAAUAUGUAUGGAGCCCAUACAUACUGUAGCAUAA